GUAAUUCUAUAAAGUAAAUAUAGAUGGAAAAAUCCUCCACCCUACAAACCAAGAUGGCUGCUCCCAAGCUCUCUCUGUUUACGUUCUAAUUUACGUGACCGUCUCAUGUCCAACACCUCAGGUCCAUCACUUCAAGUAGAUUGCGAUAAAUGUCACAUUGAAGCACGUUUAAUAUCUUGACCAUGUUAUCUGUAAAUAAUAUUAAAUUGAUUAUUUCUACGAAUCAUACAAUAUGGAGAAAUUAUAUAGACAACACGUAUUGCCAUUUGAGAAUCUGUCGCAACAAAUACAAGUAUUUAGUUCAGACUUUCGGUUAUUCCACAAAGUAUGGUGUGAAGGAGGAUACUGCUGCAUCGCUCGAUCCCAGGGUCGCGGCAUUGCGAGAAAAAUUGAUUUAUUGCGACUAUUUAGAUCAUCAGAAGGUGAGAAUGAAUUAUAUGAAACGUUUCCUCCUAAAAAAGAAGAUCAAGGGUGCAGAGAAACAAAUACAAAAUCACAGACUCAUGAAUGUGCCGGUCUACAGUAUACUCUUGGACAAGAGAAAUGAUGAGAGCGAUGACAGUUUGCAGGAAGAACAUACAGAAACAUAUUUGACAAAGUCUAUUAAACCUAUACACAUGCCAUAUGCGAGUACAGAUAAGUAUAGUAAUGUGAAUACGUCGUCGAAUGAUUUGAACAAAAGUAACUUUGACGAACAUGCAAUACCAUUGAGUGACAAGUAUAAAGCUUUGUAUGAAAAAUACUUGGAAGAGAAGAAAGUGGCUUUCAGCAAAGGUAAAGAGCUCACUCUAAAAGAUUAUUUAGAGGAAACGGAUACAGAUCCUUCGGACAAAGGAGAUUUGCCCAAUGUUCCACUCAAUUGGAUGGUCGAUGUCGAACAAUACGAUGAUACUUUGCUCGACAAUAAGUGGCUCAGCAAUUACGGCACUCCGGAUCCCAACUCCAAUAUCAGCUCCGUUCCUUGCGGCGGAUGCGGGGCUUUGUUGCAUUGCAAAGAUCACGCUUUGCCAGGUUAUUUGCCUUCGGAGCUGUUUCUAAACAAAAGCCAAAACCAAUUGCGAAUCAUGAUUUGUCAGAGAUGCCACUUCAUGAAGUACUACAAUACUACGUUAGAGGUGAAAGUAUCGGCGGACGAAUAUCCAAAGCUUUUGAAGGUAAUAAAGAGAAAGAAGUGUGCUGUCAUACUGAUGGUCGAUCUUACGGAUUUUCCAUGUAGCAUAUGGCCUGAGAUAAAUAGCGUGCUGCAUUCUCUGACACCAGUAUUUGUGGUAGGAAAUAAAAUUGACCUACUACCUCAGGAUUCACCACGUUUCUUCAAUCAUGUUAAGGAGUGCCUAUCAAAGGCUGUGGAAAAUACAGGAAUUAAGAAGGAGAAAAUAGUACAUACAGCGCUCAUAUCCGCAAAAACUGGCUUUGGCAUAGAAGAAUUAAUAAAUAAGUUACAUACUUUGUGGAAAUAUAAGGGAGAUGUUUAUGUAAUUGGAUGCACAAAUGUGGGUAAAUCUUCUCUGUUUAAUGCGUUGCUGCAAUCUGAUUACUGCAAAGUACAAGCUGUGGAUCUUAUACAACGCGCAACCAUCUCUCCCUGGCCAGGCACAACUUUAAAUUUGCUGAAGUUUCCUAUAUUAAAUCCCCUCAGAUGGAGGCUUUAUUUAAGAACGAUGCGAUUGAAACAGGAACAACAGUAUAAACGUGCUGAAGAGAUAUUAAGAAACAAUCAGUUCAAAACAACGCGUAACAUGCAGUAUGCUACAUUACAAAGUCAUAUUGGCAGAACAUUUGAAUCGCAAAUUAAGGGUAAUCAGGGCGAUCUAUUUUCGGAAAGAAAACAUUGGAUUGAUAUGCAACAAUUUGGCUUUGAUGAAACUAAAGAGGAAUAUAAGUACAGCCGCUGGUGUUACGAUACUCCCGGCACCAUUCAAUCAGAUCAGAUUUUAGAUCUGUUAACAACACCGGAACUUUUGUCAGUUUUACCGACGAAAAUAAUCUCGCCUAGAACAUUUAUUUUACAAGCAAAUCAGACGAUAUUUUUGGGCGGAAUUGGUAGAUUGGAUUAUCUGGAGGGUGAUAAUUUCAUUAGGUGCACAAUAUUCUCGAGCAGAGAAUUGCCGAUUACUAUAACCAAUACUUUGGAUGCGGACGAUAUAUACAAUGAAUUACUCAAAACGAAAGCGUUUGUUGUACCUGAGAACGACCCGGACCGAUUGAAACAUUGGCCUCCAUUAGGAUCCAAGGAAAUAGAAGUUAUUGGUAUCGGAAAGAAUGAAUCAGUUGCCGAUGUUGUCCUGUCUAACGCGGGAUGGAUCGCGAUCGCUGGUGGAGAAAACGAACGCAUCUCAUUAAAGGCUUGGACCCCGCAGGGACGUGGCUUACAUCUUAGAAUGCCAGCGCUCUUGAAGAAAUCCGUCGCUCUACGUGGCACUCGAGUCUCGGACGCGCCAACAUACAGAGACGGAUAUCAAGUGUACAGAAAGUGAAAGAGAAAGAACAGUUUUUAUUUAUUUUGUACAUAUAUUCCAAACUUCUCACAUCUCUACAUUGUACACACAUAUUUCAUCGUUUACGUAUGUAAUCAAUUUCUAUAUUUUUAUUUCAUGCGACUGCUAUUUUGAUAAAGAUAAGAACACAGCGUGUAUUAUACUUGUAUCUCUGGAAUAAUGUUAAUUGAACAAUUUCACUUAUACACACACAG